CUCCUCCGGCGCCCCGAGCGCCCAUUCCCUGGACCCAUUCCUAGGACCGCGCUCUUCGCUCCUCGGGGCCCCGGGGGGCGGGGGCAGAGGGGGAGCACGUAGAUACCUUGCCGGCGGGGCUCGGGAAACCUUGGCUGUGAAUAAAUGACUUGCAUCUCCACCGUGGAACAGCGCUAUCAGACUUUCUCAUCUUCACUUUCGUUUCCACCCUGGGAAGGGGCAGGUGGCUUCACUAUCUUCCCUGGAAAAGGGAGACAGCCACCCUCAGCAGAGCCAUGGAAAUCCCAGACAGUUACUGAGCCGCUCAACAAAAGGCCUUGAACCUCCGCCUCUCCGCCCUCAUAACACCAGGUAGAGACUCCAAGUUGUCCCAGAGAACUCUCAUUUGGGGUAAUCUCCAAAGUCAUGGUAUUGCGGAACCCAACAAGAGGAUAUUGCAACCUGGAAACAGCUGGUUCUCACCUCCCUGGCAUGCGGUAAACUCGUCUCAAGUGCCCCAAACAUGACUUUGCUUCAUAACGGUGGGGGCCGGAUGUUUUCUCCUUGACUGUGCACAAAUGCAUGACACCAGCAAUAACAGCAAACGCAAAAACAGCAUUUACGCUGAGCCAGACACUGUUCUGAGUCCCUGUGAGGAAAACAAAAGCCCUUUCUCUCAAUUCACCAGAAAAACAUUGACGACCAUCCUCCCAUCAUCGCUGCGAGGAGGUCCCCAUUGUCUCAGAAACUGAAGCCUUUAAACAAUCAGGGACCCUCUAGGAUAAGAACAUACAAGAAGCCCCUUCUGUUAGGACUGGAGAUGGAAAUAAGGAUCCACAACCAAAGAUGAAUAUGGUGCAGUGUUUGAUCAGAAAGGCUAUAGCCCCAUAUGCUCUGAAUUUGGAGGAAAUGCUACAGAUGCCCAAGAGGAUAUUUCAAGGAUCAUGGGAAACCACCUUGACCUUCUCUUAAGAAUGGUGCUCAUGGCCAGUCCCGCGCUUGGAAUUUCUUCCUGCUUCUUCGAUGGUUGGAGAGCCGUAUAUCGUUUCUGCAACCUCACCCAAGUCCCCCAGGUCCGCAACACCACCAAGAGUCUCCUGCUCAGCUUCAACUACAUCAGGACAGUCACAACCACAUCCUUCCCCUUCCUGGAGCAGCUGCAGCUGCUGGAGCUCGGGACUCAGUUUACCCCCUUGACCAUUGACAAAGAAGCCUUCCAAAAUCUGCCCAAUCUCAGAAUCUUGGACCUGGGCAAAAGUCAGAUAGACUUCUUGCACCCAGAUGCUUUUCAGAAACUGCCCCAUCUCUUCGAACUUCGACUGUUUUACUGUGGUCUCUCCAGUGCUGUAUUAAAAGAUGGUUAUUUCAGAAAUUUGGGGUCUUUGACUCACUUGGACCUAUCCAAAAAUCAGAUUCAGAGUCUUUACCUUCAUCGUUCAUUCCGGGAAUUGAAUUCCUUGAAGUCCAUCGAUCUUUCCCUCAACCAAAUAACCACUGUUUGUGAGCACGACCUCAAACCCCUCCAAGGAAAAACACUCUCCUUUUUAAGCCUUGCUGAUAACACCCUGUACAGCAGGGUCUCAAUGGACUGGGGGAAGUGUCUGAACCCAUUCAGAAACAUGGUCCUGGGAACCCUAGAUGUUUCUGGCAAUGGCUGGGCAGUGGACAUCACAAGAAACUUCAGCAAUGCCAUCAAUGGAAGCCAGAUUUUCUCUUUGGUUCUUACCCAUCACGUGAUGGGUUCUGGGUUUGGCUUCAAUAACAUCAAAGACCCUGACCAGCACACCUUUGUCGGCCUGGCCGGAAGCUCAGUGAUACGGCUGGACCUUUCACAUGGGUUUAUCUUCUCCCUGAACUUCCAACUCUUUGAGACGCUCAAGGAGUUGAAGGUUCUGAAUCUCGCCUACAACAAGAUAAACAAUAUUGCAGACAAAGCAUUUUAUGGACUCGACAACCUCCAAGUUCUCAAUAUAUCACAUAACCUUCUGGGGGAAUUGUAUAAUUCUAAUUUCUAUGGACUACCUAAGGUAGCCUAUAUUGAUCUGCAAAAGAAUCACAUCGGCAUCAUUCAGGACCAAACAUUCAGAUUCCUGGAAAAAUUAAACACCUUGGAUCUCCGGGAUAAUGCUCUUAAAACUAUUUCUUUUCUUCCAAGCAUACCUAAUAUCUUCUUGAGUGGCAAUAAACUGGCUACUUUGCCAAACAUCGCACUUACAGCUAACUUCAUCACCUUAUCAGAGAAUAGGCUGGAAAAUCUGGAUAAUCUCUACUUCCUUCUCCAGGUACCUCAUCUCCAGAUUCUCAUUUUAAAUCAAAAUCGCUUUUCCUUUUGUAACCAAGACCAUGCCCCUUCAGAGAACCUCAGCUUAGAAAAGCUUUUCCUUGCAGAAAAUAUGUUACAGCUCGCCUGGGAAGCCGGGUUCUGCUGGAAUGUUUUUAAAGGGCUUUCCCAUCUCCGAGUCCUAUAUUUGAAUAAAAACUACCUGAAUUUCCUUCCACCAGGAGUAUUUCGUCAUCUGACUGCACUGAGGGGACUCAUCCUCAAGGACAACAGGCUGACCGUUCUUUUUCCUGGCGACUUACCUGCUAAUUUAGAGGUCCUGGAUAUAUCCAGAAACCAGCUCCUCUCUCCUGAUCCUGAUUUAUUUGCAUCGCUGAGUGCCGUGGACAUAACUCAUAACAAGUUCAUCUGUGAGUGUGAACUUAGCACUUUUAUCAAUUGGCUCAAUCAAACCAACGUCACAAUAUUUGGCUCUCCGGCAGACAUACACUGCAUGUACCCGAGCUCCAUGGCUGGGACUUCCCUCUACUCUCUUUCCACAGAAGAUUGUGAUGAAGAGGAAGUUUUAGAGUCCCUAAAGUUUUCCCUUUUCACCUUCUUCACUGUCACUUUGACUCUGUUCCUCGUGGCCAUCCUCAUCGUUACGAAGUUUCGGGGGUAUUGUUUCAUCUGUUAUAAGAAAAUCCAGAGACUGGUGUUCAAGGACCCCAUCAAGGGAAGAGAAUCAGAGACGUACAAAUACGAUGCCUAUUUGUGCUUCAGUAGCAAAGACUUUGAAUGGGUGCAGAAUGCUUUGCUCAAACACCUGGAUGCCCAGUACAGCGACCGAAACAGAUUUAACCUGUGCUUUGAAGAGAGAGACUUUUUGCCCGGGGAAAACCAUAUCGCCAACAUCCAGGAUGCCCUGUGGAGCAGCAGAAAGGUUGUCUGUCUCGUGAGCAGACACUUCCUUAGAGACGGGUGGUGCCUCGAAGCCUUCAGUUACGCCCAGAGCAGGUGCUUAGCUGACCUCAGUGGCAUCCUCAUCAUGGUGGUGGUGGGGCCCCUGUCCCAGUACCAGCUGAUGAAACAUCCCUCCAUCCGAGGAUUCGUCCAGAAACAGCAGUACUUGAGGUGGCCUGAGGAUCUCCAGGAUGUUGGCUGGUUUCUCAACAAACUCUCUCAGCUCAUUCUAAAUAAAGAAAAGAAAAGGAAGAAAGACAAUGACAUUCAGUUGCAAAGUGUAACCACCAUUUCUUAGUCAAAGGAGCACUUUUCCACUUAUCUCAAGCCACAAGCAACUCUUCCCUUUUUAUUUCCACUAAGUUACCAUUUGGGGUCCUUUAUGAAGUUGUUGUUUUCCUACGAUGAGAACCACAUAAAUCUCUUGAUUUUCAUAGCAACACGACGUUGUUUCACUGAUCUCUAAAUGCAAAGUAAUAGAUCUAGAAAAUUGCGACUGCCCGCAACGGUUCCCACUCUCCAUCGAUUUCCUUUCAGACCCGGUAACACUGUUCUCUCCUUUUGCAUCGACUACGGGAUAUAUCCUAGUCGUGGAAAGGGCACCUUGGGAGAAGUUACAGAUGGCCGACACCCUUUCUCCAGUGUUCAGUUCCAGAAGGGGCUGCUCGGUGAUUCUGAGGGCUCUGUACAUGGCAGAACAACAUUAAGUAGAAAACAGAGAGAAAGAGGUGUGCUUCCUACUAUAUCCAUGGGAACAAUGCCACUGCUCAGUGUAGGUCACUCUCAGUCUCAAGGAUAAAAGGUGGCUCCAAAGAAGCUGGGUUGAGAAUAACUAGAUCUCUUAGGGCCAUAUUGCUCCUCUUCUUCUCACCUUUUGGGUCUAACCCUAGUGGGCCGUGAAUAUUCUUUUUGGCUUGCAACCUUUCUUUUGGGCUGGCUUUCAAGAACCUCCGUGACUUAGCAACAACCUAUUUCAGCUUUAUUUCCCCCUAUAUCUCAUUUAUCAACCACUCAGUCUGUUGCAGAAAGAACUUGUACUUGGACCAAGAACCUGGUUUGAGUUCAGAUUCUGCUGCUCAUGAGCUGUGUGACCUCGAGCACGUUACACACCCUCGCUGGGCCUGUUUUCUUAUCUGUAGGCGUGAUUGCCUCUACCUCACAGAAGAUGCCAUGAAAGUUAAAUCGACCAGGGAUGUCAGGGCAUCUCCGAUCUUAUCCCUUCUUUUUCUUUUUUUUUCACAUCUUUAUUGGAGUAUAAUUGCUUUACAACGUUGUGUUAGUUUCUACUGUAUAACAAAGUGAAUCAGCUAUAUGCAUACGUAUAUCCCCAAAUCCCCUCCCUCUUGCGCCUCCCUCCCACCCUCUGUAUCCCACCUCUCUACGUGGUCGCAAAGCACCGAGCUGAUAUCCCUGUGCUAUGCAGCUGCUUCCCACUAGCUAUCUAUUUUACAUUUGGUAGUGUAUAUAUGCCCAUGUUACUCUCUCACUUUGUCCCAGCUUCCCCUUCCCCUUCCCAGGGCCUCAAGUCGAUUCUCUACGUCUGUGUCUUUAUUUCUGUCCUGCCCCUAGGCUCAUCAGAACCAUUUUUUUCCUUAGAUUCCAUAUAGAUGUGUUAACAUACAGUAUUUGUUUUUCUCUUUCUCACUUACUUCACUCUGUAUGACAGACUCUAGGUCCAUCCACCUCACUACAAAUAACUCAAUUUCCUUUCUUUUUAUGGCUGAGUAAUAUUCCAUUGUAUAUAUGUGCCACAUCUUCUUUAUCCAUUCAUCUGCUGAUGGACACUUAGGUUGCUUCCAUGUCCUGGCUAUUGUAAAUAGAGCUGCAAUGAACAUUGUGGUACAUGACUCUUUUUGAAUUAUGGUUUUCUCAGGGUGUAUGCCCAGUAGUGGCAUUGCUGGGUCAUAUGGUAGUUCUAUUUUUAGUUUUUUUACGGAACCUCCAUACUGUUCUCCAUAGUGGCUGUAUCAAUUUACAUUCCCACCAACAGUGCAAGAGGGUUCCCUUUUCUCCACACCCUCUCUAGCAUUUAUUGUUUGUAGAUUUUUUGAUGAGGCCAUUCUGACUGGUGUGAGGUGAUACUUCAUUGUAGUUUUAAUUUGCAUUUCUCUAAUGAUUAGUGACGUUGAGCAUCCUUUAAUGUGUUUCUUGGCAAUCCGUAUAUCUUCUUUGGAGAAAUGUCUAUUUAGGUCUUCUGCCCAUUUUUGGAUUGGGUUGUUUGUUUUUUUGAUAUUGAACUGUAUGAGCUGCUUGUAUAUUUUGGAGAUUAAUCCUUUGUCAGUUGCUUCAUUUGCAAAUAUUUUCUCCCAUUCUGAGGGUUGUCUUUUCAUCUUGUUUAUGGUUUCCUUUGCUGUGCAAAAGCUUUGAAGUUUCAUUAGGUCCCACUUGUUUAUUUUUGUUCUUAUUUCCAUUUCUCUAGGGGGUGGGUCAAAAAGGAUCUUGCUGUGAUUUAUGUCAUAGAGUGUUCUGCCUAUGUUUUCCUCUAAGAGUUUGAUAGUGUCUGGCCUUAUGGUUAGGUCUUUAAUCCAUUUUGAGUUUAUUUUUGUUUAUGGUGUUAGGGAAUGUUCUAAUUUCAUUCUUUUACAUGGAGCUGUCCAGUUUUCCCAGCACUACUUAUUGAAGAGGCUGUCUUUUCUCCAUUGUAUAUUCUUCCCUCUUUAUCAAAAAUAAGUUGACCAUAUGUGUGUGGGUUUAUCUCUGGGCUUUCUAUCCUGUUGCAUUGAUCUAUAUUUCUGUUUUUCUGCCAGUACCACAAUGUCUUGAUUACUAUAGCUUUGUAGUAUAGUCUGAAGUCAGGGGGCCUGAUUCCUCCAGCUCUGUUUUUCUUUCUCAAGAUUGCUUUGGCUAUUCGGGGCCUUUUGUGUUUCCAUACAAAUUGUGACCUUUUUUGUUCUAGUUCUGUGAAAAAUGCCAGUGGUAGUUUGAUAGGGAUUGCAUUGAAUCUGUAGAUUGCUUUGGGUAGUAUAGUCAUUUUCACAAUGUUGAUUCUUCCAAUCCAAGAACAUGGUAUAUCUCUCCAUCUGUUUGUAGCAUCUUUAAUUUGUUUCAUCAGUGUCUUAUAGUUUUCUACAUACAGGUCUUUUGUCUCCUUAGGUAGGUAUAUUUCUAGGUAUUUUAUUCUUUUUGUUGCAAUGGUAAAUGGGAGUGUUUCCUUAAUUUCACUUUCAGAAUUUUCAUCAUUAGUGUAUAGGAAUGCAAGAGAUUUCUGUGCAUUAAUUUUGUAUCCUGCUACUUUACUAAAUUCAUUGAUUAGCUCUAGUAGUUUUCUGGUGGCAUUUUUAGGAUUCUCUGUAUAGUAUCAUGUCAUCUGCAAACAGUGACAGCUUCUUUUCCAAUUUGGAUUCCUUUUCUUUCUUUUUCUUCUCUGAUUGCUGUGGCUAAAACUUCCAAAACAAUGUUGAAUAAUAGUGGUGAGUGUGAGCAACCUUGUCUUGUUCCUGAUCUUAGUGGAAAUGGUUUCAGUUUUUCACCAUUGAGGACGACGUUGGCUGUGGGUUUGUCAUAUAUGGCCUUUAUUAUGUUGAGGUAAGUUCCCUCUAUGCCUACUUUCUGAAGGGUUUUUAUCAUAAAUGGGUGUUGAAUUUUGUCGAAAGCUUUUUCUGCAUCUAUUGAGAUGAUCAUAUGGUUUUUAUCUUCAGUUUGUUAAUAUGGUGUAUCACAUUGAUUGAUUUGCGUAUAUUGAAGAAUCCUUGCAUUCCUGGCAUAAACCCCACUUGAUCAUGGUGUAUGAUCCUUUUAAUGUGCUGUUGGAUUCUGUUUGCUAGUAUUUUGUUGAGGAUUUUUGCAUCUAUGUUCACCAGUGAUAUUGGCCUGUAGUUUUCUUUCUUUGUGACAUCUUUGUCUGGUUUUGGUAUCAGGGUGAUGGUGGCCUCGUAGAAUGAGUUUAGGAGUGUUCCUCCCUCUGCUAUGUUUUGGAAGAGUUUGAGAAGGAUAGGUGUUAGAUCUUCUCUAAAUAUUUGAUAGAAUUCUCCUGUGAAGCCAUCCGGUCCUGGUCUUUUGUUUGUUAGAAGGUUUUUAAUCACAGUUUCAAUUUCAGUGCUUGUGUUUGGUCUGUUUAUAUUUUCUAUUUCUUCCUGGUUCAAUCUCGGAAGGUUGUACUUUUCUAAGAAUUUGUCCAAUUCUUCCAGGUUAUCCAUUUUAUUGGCAUAUAUUUACUUGUAGUAAUCUCUCAUGAUCCUUUGUAUUUCUGCAGUGUCAAUUGUUACUUCUCCUUUUUCAUUUCUAAUUCUAUUGAUUUGAGUCUUCUCCCUUUUUUGCGUGAUGAGUCUGGCUAAUGGUUUAUCAAUUUUGUUUAUCUUCUCAAAGAACCAGCUUUUAGUUUUAUUGAUCUUUGCUAUUGUUUCCUUCAUUUCUUUUUCAUUUAUUUCUGAUUUGAUCUUUAUGAUUUCUUUCCUUGUGCUAACUUUGGGUAUUUUUUGUUCUUCUUUCUCUAAUUGCUUUAGGUGUAAGGUUAGGUUGUUUAUUUGAGAUGUUUCUUGUUUCUUAAGGUAGGCUUGGAUUGCUAUAAACUUCCCUCUUAGAAUGGCUUUUGCUGCAUCCCAUAGGUUUUGGAUCAUCAUGUUUUCGUUGUCAUUUGUCUCUAGGUAUUUUUUGAUUUCCUCUUUGAUUUCUUCAGUGAUCUCUUGGUUAUUAAGUAGUGUAUUGUUUAGCCUCCAUGUGUUUGUAUUUUUUACAGAUUUUUCCCUGUAAUUGAUAUCUAGUCUCAUAGCGUUGUGGUCAGGAAAGAUACUUGAUGUGAUUUCAAUUUUCUUAAAUUUACUGAGGCUUGAUUUGUGACCCAAGAUAUGAUCUAUCCUGGAGAAUGUUCCAUGAGCACUUGAGAAGAAAUUGUAUUAUGUUGAUUUUGGAUGGAAUGUCGUAUAAAUAUCAAUUAAGUCCAUCUUGUUUAAUGUAUCAUUUAAAGGUUAUGUUUCCUUAUUUAUUUUCAUUUUGGAUGAUCUGUCCAUUGGUGAAAGUGGAGUGUUAAAGUCCCCUACUAUGAUUGUGUUACUUUGAUUUCCGCUUUUAUGGCUGUUAGCAUUUGCCUUAUGUACUGAGGUACUCCUAUGUUGGGUGCAUAAAUGUUUACAAAUGUUAUAUCAUCUUCUUGGAUUGAUCCCUUGAUCAUUAUGUAGUGUGCUUCUUUGUCUCUUGUACUAGUCUUUAUUUUAAUGUCUAUUUUGCCUGGGAUGAGAAUUGCUACUCCAGCUUUCUUUUGAUUUCCAUUUGCAUGGAAUAUCUUUUUCCAUCCCCUCUCUUUCAGUCUGUAUGUGUCCCUAGGUCUGAAGUGGGUCUCUUGUAGACAGCAUAUAUACGGGUCUUGUUUUUGUAUUCAUUCAGCCAGCCUAUGUCUUUUGGUUGGAGCAUUUAAUCCACUUACAUUUAAGGUAAUUAUCGAUAUGUAUAUUCCUAUUACCAUUUUCUUAAUUGCUUUGGGUUUGUUAUUGUAGGUCUUUUCCUUCUCUUGUGUUUCCUGCUGAGAGAAGUUCCUUUAGCAUUUGUUAUAAAGCUGGUUUGGUGGUGCUGAAUUCUCUUAGCUUUUGCUUGUCUGUAAAAGUUUUAAUUUUUCUAUCGAAUCUGAAUGAGAUCCUUGCUGGGUAGCAUAAUCUUGGUUGUAGGUUUUUCCUUUUCACCACUUUAAAUAUAUCCUGCCACUCCCUUCUGUCUUGCAGAGUUUUUGCUGAAAGAUCAUCUGUUAACCUUAUGGGGAUUCCCUUGUAUGUUAUUUGUUAUUUUUCCCUUGCUGCUUUUAAUAUUUUUUCUCUGUGUUUAAUUUUUGAUAGUUUGAUUAACAUGUGUCUGACAUGUCUCUCUUUGGGUUUAUCCUAUAUGGUACUCUCUGUGCUUCCUGGACUUGAUUGACUAUUUCUUUUCCCAUGUUAGGGAAGUUUUCAACUAUAAUCUCUUCAAAUAUUUUCUCAGACCCUUUCUCUUUCUCUUCUUCUGGGACCCCUAUAAUUUGAAUGUUGGUGCAUUUAACAUUGUCCCAGAGGUCUUUGAGACUGUCCUCAAUUCUUUUCAUUCUUCUUUCUUUUAUCUGCUCCCUGGCAGUUAUUUCCACCAUUCUAUCUUCCAGCUCACUUAUCCAUUCUUCUGCUUCAGUUAUUCUGCUAUUGAUUCAUUCUAGAGUAUUUUUAAUUUCAAUAAUUGUGUUGUUCAUCACUGUUUGCUUGCUCCCUAGUUUUUCUAGAUCCUUGUUAAAUGUUUCUUGUAUUUUCUCCUUUCUGUUUCCGAGAUUUUGGAUCAUCUUUACUAUCAUUACUCUGAAUUAUUUUUCAGGUAGGUUGCCUAUUUUCUUCAUUUAUUUGGUCUUGUAGGUUUUUACCUUGCUCCUUCAUCUAUAACAUAUUUUUUUGUUGUUUCAUUUUAUUUACUUAGUUGUUUGUUUGUUUUUAUGGGUGGUGCUAUAUUCCUGUCUUACUGGUUGUUUGACCUGAGAUGUCCAGCACUGGAGUUUGCAGGCAGUUGGAUAGAGCUGGGUCUUGGUGCUGAGAUGAGGACCUCUGGGCAGCCUCACUCCAAUUGAUAUUCCUUAGGGUCUGAGGUUCUCUGUUAGUCCAGCAGUUUGGACUUGGAGCUCCCACCACAGGAGCUGGCGCCUGACCUCUGACCUGGGAUCCAAGAUCCUGCAAGCUUCAUGGCACAGUUUAAAAAAAAAAGAAAGAAAGAAAGGUAGAAGCAGUACAAUAUCAAAGAAUAAAAAACAAAAUAAAAUUAGAAAGACAAAAAAUAUAUUAGGAAAAACAAAACUAUAAUUGAAACAAGGUAAAAUAAAACCACAACAGAAAAAGGAAAAAAUAAAGGAGGGGGGGUGGUGGGGGAACACGCCAAAAGGAGAGAACAAUAACAAAGUAAAAAGAAUAAAAUAAAAUGGAAAAAUAAAAGAUUUAUUGGGAAAAAUAUAAAAGAAUCAACAGCAAUGAAUCAACAAGCUAAAACGGAACCCCAAUCUAAAAGAGGAAAAAACACAAACAAAAAAAAGCCUUGGCUAUGGGGGCAGAGCUUAGGCAGGGUGGAACUUAGGCAGGGGCAGGGUUUAGAGUGGGGCAAGACCUAGGCAGGUGGGGGGGCAUGAUGCUUGAGUGUGGGGUGGGGUCUAGGCUCAAGACCUAUACAGCCAGAAAAGGCCUUGGGGGUGGGACCUAGGUGGGGCAACCUUCAAGCAUGGGGCAGGGCCUCUGCUUAGGACCUGCCCAGGACGGGAGAGGCAGUGUGUGGAAAGGAGGGCCUCUGGAGUGUGGAGUUUCAGAGUUUGGAUGUAGGGCCCUGGGUGAGGGUGUGUGGGUGGGGUUUAGGCCCAGCGCGUUGGAGGGGGUCUCAGAGGGGGUCUCCAAAUGUAGAGGUGGGGCCCUGGGUUGGAGUGUAAGGGUGGGGCUUGGGCCCUGCACAGGAGGAGGGAGGCUCCGAGAGCAGAGGAUUGGCCCCGGAACCCAACAGGCUCCCCGGUGUCCAAGUGGACAGCACUGCCACUUUCCCUUCCGUUCCUGUAUGCCUCCCACACGGUCUCCCCAUGGGUCUCCCCCAUCACCACUGGACCGCUAACCGUGGGUGAGUCCUCUGGGUGUAGGGACGUCUUCCCUCCCCCAGCCAUUCUGGUUCUGGAGGUCCGGUCUUUACUUUUGCUCCCCCUUCCCUGCCUCCCACUCCCUCAGGACCCGCAUGGCUGGAGGGGGCCUCGGUGGGCAGAGGAUCAGGCCCAGAAUCUCAGCAGGUUCCUGGAGGUCCAAGUGGUCAGGGGAAACCUCCCUUUUGCUCCUCUGCCCUCCCAAUGGUCCCCCAAUUUCCCCCUUCGGGUGUGGAAUCCCUUCCCCUCCCCCAGCCGCCCCUCAGGGUCACCCGUCCUGUCUGGCCUCCACUACUUCUCUCUCCCUUCACUCCCCCCACACCCCACAUCCUACCCGGUCACUGGGGGUUCCUCCCGUCCCCUUAGGUGUCCGUGGUCCCUCACCAGUGCCUGAUAGGUGCCCUAGUUGUGCGGAGACGUGAAUUCCACGUCCUCCUAGUCCGCCAUCUUGACUCCGCUCCCUGUACCUUUCCGAUCUUUUCCUUAGUCACCCUAAUGGCCAUGAGAGGGAACCCACACCCAGCGGGCUUCUGGAGGCAGUCGUGAUUUCUUAGAAGUUGUAUUUUUUUUAUCUUAAAAGAAAACUAUAUAUAUUUUGUAUUUUUUCAUGUUUAUUUUAAUAUAGAAAUGUAUUUCUGUAAAAGAA